AUGCCGCUGGAUAAGAACCUUGACCUGGGAGCGCUUAAGCACAACAGUCCAGAGUGGCAGGAAACCUACAACAAGAUUGGGGAGCGAGCGGACAACGCUCAAGCAGUGCGCAACCUGUCCAAAGAGACGCAGGAGACGCUGCUCAAGAGCGCGAGCAGCGCGGUGGAGAGAGGCGGCGACAGGACGAUGAAGACCCUAGAGGAGCAGCUUCUUGAACUUGAUUGGGUGGUGUUGGAGGCACAAAAGGCUUUCGUUCGGACCAUGCAUUCGGGACAAGAAGUGCGAGAAGUAGAGGAACAUCAGAAGGCGAACCGGAGUGAUAAGACAACCACGGCGCAAAAGUCCCGACAAGCGAAACAGUAG